AUGCAGACGUUUGACAUGGUCUUCAUCUGCAAAAAGUGCAAGAAGGCCUUCCGCAAGGAUGCGCGCGAAUUCGAAGACGCCGACGAGUACUGCCCGCACUGCGACAACCACUUCGUUCUAGAGGCCAAAACUCCCAAGGCGUCGCUGCAAGUCGAGGGCGAGGAUGUGCGAAAGGACGCCAGGAUGCUCAAGGACGAACGUGUACGAGCCGAAGAGAUGCGCACCAUAUUCGAUGUCAAGGAAGCACCGGACAAGUUGGGCUGA